CCAGCCUGUGGCCCGAGUCACUGCUCCAGAGUAAGGAUCCCGCUUUGUUGGGAAGGUGCUCCUAAACACGCGGGUGAUUCUGAGCUCGAUCGCUCACACCGCUCCGUGGAACGCGGCUGCAUAGAAAUAUGUGCACUGUCUCUUUAAGAUCCCUUCACUAGUCCGUUUCGUAUUGAUCAAUCCACCAUUUUCCAGCGCACUGCACUCAGCGGCGGCGGCGGAGAGAGAAAGCCCUACCUGGAGACGCCAGGCAGGACCGGGGCAGUCAUGGCAGCAAACAUGUACCGGGUCGGAGAUUAUGUUUACUUCGAAAACUCCUCCAGUAACCCACUGCUGAUCAGGCGAAUAGAGGAACUCAACAAGACGGCGAAUGGGAAUGUGGAGGCCAAAGUGGUGUGUUUCUACCGACGCAGAGACAUCUCUACAACGCUCAUCACCCUCGCUGAUAAACAUGCACGAGAAAUGGAAGAGGAGAUGGAGAACCCUGAAAUGGUGGAUCUCCCAGAGAAACAGAAGCAUCAGCUGAGACACAGAGAGCUCUUCCUCUCCAGACAGCUGGAGUCUCUGCCUGCGACACACAUCAGGGGGAAAUGCUGUGUUACACUUCUGAAUGAGACAGAAGCCCUCAAGUCCUAUUUAGACAGAGAGGAUGCUUUUUUCUAUUCGCUGGUAUAUGACCCUCAGCAGAAGACUCUGCUGGCUGAUAAGGGAGAGAUCAGAGUGGGAAAUAAGUACCAGGCUGACAUCACUGACCUCCUCAAAGAGGGAGAGGAUGAUGGUCGGGAGCUGGAAAAACUGGAGGAGAAGGUGUGGGAUCCCAGCAACCCCCUCACCGAGAAACAGAUCGACCAGUUCCUCGUCGUGGCUCGGUCUGUGGGCACGUUUGCGCGGGCUCUAGACUGCAGCAGUUCAGUUCGGCAGCCCAGUCUGCACAUGAGCGCUGCGGCAGCCUCCAGAGACAUCACACUGUUUCACGCCAUGGACACGUUGCAUAAGAACGGCUAUGACAUGACGCGGGCCAUCGCGGCACUCGUACCCCAGGGUGGGCCGGUGCUCUGCCGGGAUGAAAUGGAGGAAUGGAGCGCAUCCGAAGCCAACCUGUUCGAGGAAGCGCUCGAGAAAUACGGCAAAGACUUCACUGAUAUCCAGCAAGACUUUCUUCCUUGGAAGUCUCUGACCAGCAUCAUUGAGUAUUACUACAUGUGGAAGACCACCGACAGAUACGUUCAGCAGAAACGAUUAAAAGCAGCCGAGGCUGAGAGCAAGUUAAAGCAGGUUUACAUCCCAAACUAUAACAAGCCCAACCCUAACCAGUUGAGCGUGAACAGUGUGAAGCCAGGGCUUGUGAAUGGAGCAGGGGCUCUUCUGGGAUCACCAGGCCAGCCGGUCGGAUUGGGCAGAGCAUGCGAGAGCUGUUUCACCACUAGCUCGUAUCAGUGGUACUCAUGGGGGCCGCCCAACAUGCAGUGCCGACUGUGUGCCUCCUGCUGGACUUACUGGAAAAAGUACGGAGGUCUGAAGAUGCCAACCAGACUGGAUGGAGAGAGGCCCGGACCUAACCGCAGCAACAUGAGUCCUCACGGUCUGCCCAUGAGACACAGCGGAAGCCCUAAGUUUGCCGUUAAGACCAGACAGGCUUUCUACCUGCACACGUCUCAGCUGACGAAAGCUGCUCGUCGCGUCUGCCAGGACCUGUUGAGAUCCAGUUAUUUGGCCAGACACCCGUACACACCUGUCAACACUACCGCUAUCAAAGCAGAGUGUGCCAUCAGGAUGCCAGAUAUGUCCAAAAAGCCUCCAUCUCUCAAGCAGACAGUAAGGAAGCCUUUAGAGUCAGUGGUUCGGUAUCUGGAGGCCCACCCCUGCCCACCUAAAUCAGAUCCUCCACGAGGAGCCACCAUUUCCGUGGGCAGCCUGACGCCCAUCAAAUCCACUCCCAUCCUCAACAACGGCUCCCCCACCAUCCUGGGCAAACGCACCUAUGAGCAGCACAACGGUUUGGAUGGUAAGCCAUCGGCUUGUGUAUGGUCCAAACCCAAAGUUCUGGCUCCUCAGUGGGAAAUAAUGGCCAAGAGGGUGUCUGAAGCAUGUCGAACUCCCUCUGGCCUGCAGGAUGAGGUUCAUGAGCUGGACUGACCAGUGACUGCUACACUCUGAGCAGAUGAGCAGGUGACUCGAGCGAUUUUUUUCAGCUCUCAGCGACUGAUGGACCUAAGAACGGAUCUGCGGUCAGAAAGCUCUGUCCAGGCGGUCCAUUUUUACAGCUGAAGUCAUUGAAAUGACUGCAAAGCCCUGACAUUUC